AUAUUCUAUUAAAGAGGUUUCUUCACUCAAGAAAAUUGACCUGGACGAACAAUAUUCAGACAAAAAGCAAACAAGAAUAAGCUUCUUGAGAAUGCCAAAUUCUAGUCAAGACGUGCAUGGCGUUUCAAACGAUUCCAAAGGAAAGAACGAAGUAAAUGAACUCGAUGACAUUCUAGACGAGCUUGAUUUACCUCCCAAAGUCGACAAGGAAGAAGGGAAGCAAGAGCAUAAUAACAAUGAUAAUGACAAAGAACCUAGGAAUCACCAAAAAGGAAGUGAUGGAAAUCUUGAUUCUUUGAUUGAGGACAUGAUGGAUAAGUUCCAAGGAUCGGGAAAUUCGGAUGCAUCUGAAAAGGAAAAACUAGCAUCGAUGGGUUUAAAAAACGAUAAUGAUCUUUUUCAAUCUAUUUUUGGGAAUACUCAUGAAACUGAUGGAGCCUCCAAUUCAGAAGGUAUAAAUUACGAUGCUUUAGAGAAUGCUCUCAAUUCUCUCAUGUCUCAAGUGACGAGCAAAGAUAUCCUUUACGAACCGCUCAAAGACUUAGAAGGAAAAUAUAAGGUGUUUUUUGAGGAUGAGAACAAUGCAAAGAAUGAAGCGUACGGAAAACAAUUCUUAAAGAUCCAACGGUGUAUCGGCAUUUUUGAAAAUCCUGAUUACCAAGUCCAACGUGAUUCUCCACAAAUUGCAAAGCUAGUUGAAGAAAUUCAGGAAGAACCGCUUCCACCCUCCCUUAUGGACUCUUCGUUCGCAGCGGCCGGUUGUCCUCUUCAAUAGAUUCAGCCUGCGAAUAUUUUUGACUACUGCAUAAAAACUUUCGCAUAUACGCUUUUCAAAAGGUUGCAAAUGCUCACUUUUGUUUACCUUAAGAGUCCUAAACUACAUUUGUACAUAAAGGAAAAGUUGAAAAAAAAAUAAUGUCCGAAUCCAUUCAUUCAUGCAAUUGUAAAUAAAUAAUAACGAAAAAAACCAUGAUAUCCACCUCACCUCAAAUACGGAAUAAAUCCAAUGUGUUUUUUAUAUGAC